GGAGCUCGGGCAAAGCUGGGUCUAGGAAACAGAGGGAGCGGAGCAGCAUUUAAAGUGCAAGAAGGGCAAAGAGGUCAGUGAACUCCAACAGCGCUGCGGUACUGGGGUCAGCACUGGAACGGUCAGUCACCUCUACAGAAGUGUCCAAACAAAACAAACUCAUCUCAGCCCCUGUGGACACCCAAGCCACUCCAGUAGCACAACUUUCCUGGGUGAGCUUAGCCCAGCCAGUGAUUCACAUUGGUUAGCACAGGCGGGAGAAGAAAGUGCAAACCUGCCCGCAGCUCGGAUGGCGGUGGCUGGGCUCAGCUUGUUUUCUUUCUCAUGUUUAGCUGACGCAGUAUCAGGGAGGAGCAUGACCCACAAAACCGAAACAGAAAGCAGAAGCAGCUGCCUGUGACAUAAAAGGGACCGUGGUGUCACAGCCCAGCCUGCACGGGACCUGCUAGCAGCCACAGAUCAUCUUGGCUAGCCAGAGUGACACCUCGGCCCUCUCCAGUGUGAUUCGUCUCCACACCCAGCUGGAUGGGCAGCCUAUCCAGAACAAUGGGCAUCCUCCGUGUGACGUUCCCGUCUCUCCAGAAGCCUGUUGUGAAGAAGUCCUCCAAGGGAAGCUGCAAGAAGUAGUGAGGUAUUGACCAGGGGAAGGGGACAGACCCGGGUGGACAGUGCCGCGUGGCUCCACAGCCAGGGAUACCCCUUCCUGAUGCCACUUCCCUGCUUUACAGCGUGAAGUAGAAGCCUGCAAGAGGGCACUGAGGACAGUCCACAUUUCUGGCAGAGGAGCAGGGAGCCGGUUUUGCCAGGCAGCCCGGGAGAGGAGCGAGGAGGAUGGCAAUCACAGUGGGCAUCCCCACAGCAGUCUUCACCAUGCUAUCAAGAAAGCAUGCAGGCACCAGGAUUGGUCUGAAGUGCACCAGGGACCUCCUCUGUGUGCUGAUCCACCUCGAGGCUGCCGGGACCUUGGCCUUGAUGCUCUACGCACUGCUGUGGGAAGCCGGGAACCUGGUCGACCUCCCUGACAAACGCAUUGGCUUUUACAACUUCUGCCUGUGGAAUGAGACAGCCAGGGAGCUACAGUGCCUGGAGUAUGAGCAUCUGCAGGUGAUGGGCAUCAGCCUAGCAGGAAUGGUGCUAGGCAGGGUUUGCGUGUAUUCCUGUCUGGUCUUCAGCAUGUUCUACCCCAUUUUUGUGAUGCAUGUGAAGUGCACAGAGGAGAAAGAGGGCUGGAAGGUGAUCCUCAUCAUACUCGUCAUCAAGAUGAUAAUGCUGUCUGGAGGCCUGGGUACAUUUCUUCUCCAAACCUCGCAGUGGAUUCACCCCUGUGAUUUCACUGGGGGCUUCCUGGCACUGCUUGGGGCUCAGGCUCUGCUACUGCUCCAGAUUCUCACUACCGUUAUGUACCUCAACUGGGAAAAACACACACACCCGUGUCAAAGCCCUUUUAGUGAGGAGGCCCUGCCCAUUGAGAUUUGACAGUGAAGAAGAUGCAAGAGCUACCGAUAACCUGAUAAUCCCACUACUGUUAGGAAUUUGACCCUUAGUGCAAAGGCCCAUGUACAGCCAUGCUCUGGCACACGGCUAUGUCAGGCAGCAGACACCAACAGGUACAGCACAGCGUGGAAGUUCCCAGGGACAGCAGCGUGUAACACCCCUCAGCCUGGGGCACAGCAUCAAAGUGACAGCGUUUCUGGCCCUGACCCAGAGGACAGUGAAGGGGACAGACCAGAGCCAGCACAGAGCACCAGGAGGGGCAGCCUAACAACUUGCUAAACACUGAACACAGCCUUAAUGAGAAGGGUUUCCACAAGGAAGCAGAGGAUUUUGGUGCAGAGCCCCAAGUCUGUCCUCACUGAUAUUACGGGGCUGAGCCCAGCACUCCAGCAGCCUUUGAGACUCCAGAACUGGUUCUGUGCGAGGGCAGCCGACUGCAGAGCUAGGUCAGACCAACACACACCCCACCCAAAGGAGUGCUUGGGGAGCAGGGCCAGGGCUGCCAAAGGCCGGGGUACAGUGCCCCAGCUGGGCCAUCAUAGCCAGAGCACUGGAUGGGGUCUCUCCGCCGCAGUGGUGCACAGCACCACUCCAUGCCAUGUCUGUAACUUCGCACAAAGUGCCUGCUUUCCCCCCUACCCCUUUCAGAGUCCGUUUUCUCUCUUGCUGCAAUCUUGGUGGGGAUGUGGCUGGUGAUGCUGGUUUGACUGAUUUCAAUAAAGGCUCUUGCACCUGC